AUGCGCUCCCUGAUUAAGUCCCAUAAGGAGAGCUCUAGCGCAACACGAGCGCGACCACGCGAGGCCAUGGAGCCAUCCUCAACAGUCUCAGCUGGACGGAAGCUCACCAACCCUAUCAAAAGCUUUCUUAGACACAAGAUGUCCAGUACGGGGCUGGGGUCCUCAGGCUCUGCUAAAACGAAACCCACGCCGGCAAGUUCGCGCAUUUCAAAGGUACCAGACUUGGAAAAAGACGGAGAUUUGCAAACCCCGACUAUUUUCGGCAAAAAGACUCACGACUGGAGUGCAGAUGCCAGUCCUAGGUCGUUGGUCUAUGCCUUUGAGAAAUCAGAGUUCAGUGCCCAGGUCACGCCAGAGACAUCCAAAGAGGAUGAGGAGCCUCCAAAGCUAAACACAGAAUCGACGGACGAUUUUUCUAUCGUGGUAGUGAAACGACGGGAGGAGCCACAAUCCGAUUCUUGCUCCAGUUCGAUCUCGUCACAUUUCUCGUUCGAAGGUACCGGCCGAAACGCAUCGCUAAAAUACUACAAAUCUUACGACCAGGUGAAGUACGAGGAGAUGAAGGCGCAACUCAAACAGAACCAGGAUCACUUCAAGGAGUUUAUCAAUGACACAGAGUCGCUCAACGAUUUGCAGGAGGACAUGAAUUUCUACGACGACAAAGACCUCGACGAUUCAGAGGACUUGUUCAACCGUAAGCUGUUCUCAAGCGAUGAGGAGGCAGACGACUAUGAGAAUUUUGACAGUCCUAAAAAGGACGCACCCGAACAAUUAUUGACAUUAAACGGACAAUACUCUUUCCAUUCAGAUCAGGAAGUAACCAUUGACGAUUUGAGCCCGCCUCUGGUUGCCACAGACCCGUCGUCAUCCGACAUCCAAGACCUGGUGACCAAAUUCCGCUCCAGUAGCAUCAAAUACCACCAGCUCGAGUCCAACGACGGCGACGAACUGGAGUUCCUGGCCCAGAGAUAUUCGUGGUAUCCUGACGACGAGUUACCGAAAACAGAGCCGCUGGACUCGUUGCUGGACGAAAUCAACGAGAUACCUGAAGAUUUCGAUUUUGAGAGCGAGCUUUCAUUACCUCAACGCACGUCUUCAUCUGUUAUGCGAAAACAACGACGUAAGCAACUGCUAAAGUCAAACUCUAAAUUCAACUAUGCUGGCGCACCUAAUUCUUCAAACGACCGCAUCAAAACGGGCAACAGGACAAUCACACUUUUCAAACCUGUCUCGCGUUCAAAUAGCUUGGAAUUCAACCAUCACGAUAAACCACUCCCUGAGCAUCCAGUGGAUGCAAGUGCGAGUGAGGAGUACACCGACGAGCUGGAGGACAGCACUGAGCUCGUAAGCUUAUCAACACCAAUCCAACUGCAUUGUUUUGGGCCCCAUAGUGACUCUCCGUUGACGACAAUCAGCGAAGCGUCUUACGAUAGUGCGGCUGCACGCUCGCCAUUACGCUGAACGUCUUAUUUAUGCAUAAAUGAAAUCCUCGCUGAUGAUUCGGAGACUUGAGAGCAUACGAUGCGAGGGGGACAUGUAACCGCGCGAGACCUCUUCUGAGGUCUGUAUACCGUUUUCACUGUAAUCAUAAUCAAUUUCAUAACCUGCAUAGGCACCAUUCCUUGUUUUUUGCAUGGCCACUGGUUCACCGCCGUUCUCCUUUUCGUCAGACGAGAAUACGGGCCGGUUCAUCAACUCUAUUGCAUCUUUGUAGGUGGCGGUGAAGAACAGGGGUUUUCGAGGAGACGAGACUCUAAACUUCCGAGAUGGUGAUUUCGAGUUUGAAUUUGAAUCUUUUAACUCUCUCUUAGGCUUCUCAGCAUCAAAUCCUCCUAAAUGACCACUACUCGAAGUGCUAAGUUCCAUUUUUAUUUCAGCAUCAUUUUCAAAUGCACUCAGUAUAGGCGAGUUGAAAACCAACUGGGGAGAUAUAUCAGCGAUGGGUUUGAGAAGGUUUUCGUCGGGAACCGGAAGCUCUGGGAUAGCUAAUAACGAAUGCGGGAUGCAUUUUGAUGGCGAGCGCGGCGAACCUCGUUUCGAGGGAAGCGGUUGUGUACUAGGCCUGUUAGAUCCCUGCACGCUCUCGUGCCCUCUGUGUGCAAUCUUCUUAGGGAAAACAAUUUCUAGAGGGAACGGUAACCCAUUAAUCAUCACAUAGCUGAUUUUCAUCAUUCCUGACUUCGGUCUGCUAGAUGGAGGUCGAAGACUCAUUUGGAGACUUUCGUACGACAAAACGCUGUGCACAGAACCAGUUCUCCACUUUGACUCAAAUAUGUUACCUUCAGAGCCGUGCGAUCUAGAAUUCUGAUAAGGUGAACCGGUUCUAUUUUUGGGCGGCUGUCCGAUACCAAUGCCAUCGGACGAAACACAUGGGCGCAGUGGAAUCUCCGAGUCCGAUCUCGUCAAUCUCAUGGACUUGAAGUCCUUGUUUGAUUCUGACAGCUUCAUGACUCCAAGUGCAACCGCUAGAUCAAAAAAAAUUACAGCGAACGCGGGUUGCCUAGAAAUUUAGGCAAAUUGUAGCCGCACGUCAAAUGUGCAUAUCCGCACCCUUAACAAGUAUUCCAAGUCUGUUGACAGUAUCAAUCCUCACUUUUGUAGAACUUCCAUAUUUUGUCUUGGAACGCUUUUCGUCAACCGCCUGAUCUUCAAAGACAAACUUGGACACUACCGAUAUGCCUUGAAACACAUCAUCAACAAAUAUUAGAUGGUAAAGAACUGAAUCCUGAUUCGUUUUCCAUAUUAGUAGGAUCUUACCGUCCCAGCGCGUAACAUCAACGGAGCUGACCGGCAUAAGCUUGAAAAAACUGUUUGAUGGGUAGUCAUUGGCAUUUAUGAUAGCGAGCUCUCCCAGCUUCAGUACAGGCGAUGUGGAAAGGUGCGAUUUCGGGUCUUUUUUGCGGAUUGAAUUGCUGAUCACUCUCCAUGUAUGAUUUUCCCUUCCUCCGUUAUCGGUUGAUUCCAUUGAGAUGUCAGAAGGCACAAGAAUCCAAUCCUCAUCUUCGUCAUCAAAGUAUAUCUCGCUAUUCAUGAGUUUCUCGUAUUCCUCGUUGUCGAUAACACUUGAGGCCGACUGAUCUUCAACCACGUGAGCGCGCAUGAAUGGAUCUUCAGUCUCUUCGUAGAAUAUUGCAGCCGAAUCCAAAACUAUGAAUUCAUGUGAAUUCUGCAAAUUUACAUGGAACGGUUCUUCUAAUGUGAACCAUUGAUCAUUCGUUGAAAGCAAUGGAAUCACAAGACAUCCACUUCUCACCUUCUGAACAUUUCUAUAGCGCCGUUCAAUAUAGUAGCCAAUUUUGAGCUUGAAAAAAGACUUUGUUUUAUGGUUCAGCUUGUAGGUCAAUUUCACGUGUAUCGUUGGGAAAGAACAAUCCUGGAAAAAUGAAAAUAAUGAGAAUGAAUUAACUGUCUGGUUGUUAAAUACUUGGUAGCCGUUAUCGUCGAUGACUUCAACGUAUUUGAUCUCCACACAAGAGCCCCCAUGAAACGAAUCCUCUUUUGAUAACGUCCAUUGGAUCCCAUUUUUAUUUCUUGUGUGAAUCGCAUAGGGAAUUUCCAUUUGCAAUGAACCAUGAACCCAGUUGUCGCAAUACACUUUUUCGCCGCACUCGUAAAACGUACUGCCUUCUCCAGAUCCAAAGUUGGUGUAGAAAACAAAAUUGGAGUCGUUGAUCUUGUAAAGAGGCGAGCUAUAGGGCUUAAAAGUAGUCGCUAUGGAAGAUUCACCAUCAAAAAAGCCUAUCCAAAAUCGAGUAUCAUUUUGGGCAAAGUCUUUUCGAGCCAAGUAUUCAUAUGUCCAAGCGGGAGCAAAUAGAGCGACAUUGGAGCGGUACUUCUUGAUCAUCUGGCAUGCCAGGGCCGAAUCAUAACCUCCUUUUCCUAUCAUCGUGCCUCUUCCCCAUACAUCGUAGCCAGCAUAGACCUUGAGUCGGGAUCCUAAAACACCAACGUUUUUAAUAUUAUCUUGGAGAUGCUUCACGUUCCACCAGUAGUUGGUGAAAAAGGAAUCACAGCAGGAGAAAAAAUUGUGGUUGGCUUCGGUAACACCAUUCUUGUAGAGAACCCUAUUUUCUGGAUAAAUGUAGGAGUCGUACCAUAUAAGCUCUGUUGAUGGAUUUCGCACAUGAAGCUCAGCUCUUAACUGUUCCAAAAAUGGCUCUAGAAGGCUGGCUAUUCGUGUAUUGCUGAACCUGGUCUCUAUGUUGAAAAGGUAGCCAUCGAACUGGAAAUAUUCCACUAGCGCAACUAGGCAUCUGACAAAAACAUACUCUCCGUUUUGCUUUGUAAGCAAUUUAUCAGCCUCCUCAAAGUCGCGAUAAGUGUUGCCCUCAAAGAUAACAGUGCCCAAACACUUGAUCGCGUUUCGGUGGCACACAUUGAUCCACGACACUGGCGGGAUACUGACGCGAUGAUGAGAGAAAUACACAAACUUGUCGACCAGCUGCGGGUACUGGAGGAAAUAAUGCUGGCCGUCUGGAUGGGGGAAAUAUCCAAGCGGAUCCGCAUCCUCGUUGAUCUGGUAGCCGCCUUUCAAAUCAUGGCAAACCAGAAGCUUAACGUCUUCUGGCGUGCUUUUCUGUCUUGCUCUUGUAUAAUGUGCGAGUUUUUCUGUAGGUUUGUUGAAGUCGUCGAGCUCGAACGACUUCUCACGGAUCUGUUUUUCCCAAUUUGCUAGUUCAUCAAGGGAAUCGAAGAAAGAACACUUGAGCGACGAGAGAG